UUGCAGCCACUUCUCCGAAGACAGCAAGAACUCGACUCGGUGGAAGAAACAAGACACUCUCGCUGGAAUAAGAGAACGUUAUCGCUGACAGACAACACAAGAAGAGUACUGCUUCUGGACGUCUUUCUCGUGGAGAUGAACUCAUCAAAGGCAGUCAAGCUCACCUUUGUCCUGCUUUUGGCCGAGUCCUUGUUGCAUGACAUCGGGUGGUCCCCGCAGUCUGCCAUUACAUUGUUCAAGGCGCUGACACGCAAACAACUUGACAGUCAUGGCCGAGAGAAAAGAAGUGGUGUGCUCCAAUGUCCGACCCCAAUAGAAGUGGACGUUGUCCUCAGUAUGAAUCUUCCAAGCAACACUGAGCCAUCACAGAUCAUUGAUCAACUAAGGAUGUCCGUGCAAAAAGUAGUUUUACUAUCAAACUUCUCAAAUGAUGUCAUGCUGACAAGACUCAAUUUGACCACAGUCUGCCUCUCAAACUCUACUGAAGGACAGCAGUGUCAGUGUGAGGAACAAUAUGCAUGGCCAUGUUCAUUCUGUGAUGACUUUGGUGCAUGCAACAAUGAAACUACAGAAACAUGCGACUGCAUUAAUGGACUUCCUUCAAACGGGCAAUUCUGUGAGCUACAAUCUCUUUUUGCUUCAUGUCAACCACCACCACCAACACCACCAACAACAACAGAAGUGGACAUAGUCCUCACUUUUCCAGACGACGCCGACCCAUCAGAGUUCAUUGAUCAACUGAGGAUGUUUGGGAUUACUCUGUCUUUACCAGAAAACAUCACCAAUGAAGUAGUGUUGGAAAGCCUAAAUUUGACCACAACCUGCCAGCCAAACUCUACUGAAGGACAGCAGUGUCAGUGUGAGGGACAAUAUGCAUGGCCAUGUUCAUUCUGUGAUGACUUUGGUGCAUGCAACAAUGAAACUACAGAAACAUGCGACUGCAUUAAUGGACUUCCUUCAAACGGGCAAUUCUGUGAGCUACAAUCUCUUUUUGCUUCAUGUCAACCACCACCACCAACACCACCAACAACAACAGAAGUGGACAUAGUCCUCACUUUUCCAGACGACGCCGACCCAUCAGAGUUCAUUGAUCAACUGAGGAUGUUUGGGAUUACUCUGUCUUUACCAGAAAACAUCACCAAUGAAGUAGUGUUGGAAAGCCUAAAUUUGACCACAACCUGCCAGCCAAACUCUACUGAAGGACAGCAGUGUCAGUGUGAGGGACAAUAUGCAUGGCCAUGUUCAUUCUGUGAUGACUUUGGUGCAUGCAACAAUGAAACUACAGAAACAUGCGACUGCAUUAAUGGACUUCCUUCAAACGGGCAAUUCUGUGAGCUACAAUCUCUUUUUGCCUCAUGUCAACCACCACCACCAACACCACCAACAACAACAGAAGUGGACAUAGUCCUCACUUUUCCAGACGACGCCGACCCAUCAGAGUUCAUUGAUCAACUGAGGAUGUUUGGGAUUACUCUGUCUUUACCAGAAAACAUCACCAAUGAAGUAGUGUUGGAAAGCCUAAAUUUGACCACAACCUGCCAGCCAAACUCUACUGAAGGACAGCAGUGUCAGUGUGAGGGACAAUAUGCAUGGCCAUGUUCAUUCUGUGAUGACUUUGGUGCAUGCAACAAUGAAACUACAGAAACAUGCGACUGCAUUAAUGGACUUCCUUCAAACGGGCAAUUCUGUGAGCUACAAUCUCUUUUUGCCACAUGUCAACCACCACCACCAACACCACCAACAACAACAGAAGUGGACAUAGUCCUCACUUUUCCAGACGUCGCCGACCCAUCAGAGUUCAUUAAUCAACUGAGGAUGUUUGUGAUUACUCUGUCUUUACCAGAAAACAUCACCAAUGAAGUAGUGUUGGAAAGCCUAAAUUUGACCACGACCUGCCAGCCAAACUCUACUGAAGGACAGCAGUGUCAGUGUGAGGAACAAUAUGCAUGGCCAUGUUCAUUCUGUGAUGACUUUGGUGCAUGCAACAAUGAAACUACAGAAACAUGCGACUGCAUUAAUGGACUUCCUUCAAACGGGCAAUUCUGUGAGCUACAAUCUCUUUUCGCCUCAUGUCAACCACCACCAACAACACCACCAACAACAACAGAAGUGGACAUAGUCCUCACAGUGAAUGUUCCAGACAACACCGAUCCAUCACAGUUCCUUAAUUCACUGAGGAUUGCUGUGGCUACUUUGUCGUUACCACAAAACAUCCCAGAUUCAUUGAUACGCUUAGAUUUGACCACAACAUGCUUCAUAAUGACUGCUGGAGUUCAGCAAUGUCGGUGUGAGGAUCAAUACACAUGGCCAUGCCAAUUCUGUCAAAGUUUUGGUUCGUGCAGCAAUGAACUCACAGCAAUCUGCAACUGCAUCGAUACACUUCCUCCAGAUGGGGAAUUUUGUGAGCUACAAACAAGUGACUCAAUAUGUCCAGCAAACAUCACUACAACAUUCAGUCCUCCACCAAGCACGUCCUCAACAAUCUCUGAUUCUCCUCCAAAUCCAAAUCCUUCAUUAUUUGUCCUGCCGGUGUCGUUCACCAUCGACAUGAACUUCGACCCAGAGUUCAACAACAUAAACAACUUUGUUAACAUGAGGGUUAAUAUGUCAAUAAUGACACUAGCUCCAGUGCACAUCCCAAACCUUCUGUCAGCAGAGCUCAUUAACUUCAGUGCUGGUAGCACCAUCGUUAACUUCAACCUCAUUGCAAGUGAGGCAAUUGAAGACUCGAAUGUUGACGACCUUUUGAUCGCAAUAUUUAAUAACCUGCGGGACUUGUUUCCUUUGGUGCUCGACAGUGUUGAGCCCUUAUCUUUUCAGCCAGCUGAAAUAUUCAUUGAGCAGACUCUGACUGUGAUCUGUGGGCCACCACCAGAUGAUGCAGAAUUUAAUGAGCCUUUUACAGCUGAAUGGAGUCUCAAUGGUGAAAUAAUAGCAGAAGACGCCCAACACACCAUUUCAACAGAUGAUAGAAUGUCAACGCUUACUAUCUUGAACUUCUUUUUUACUGACAAUGGAUUCUAUGAAUGUCAGCUGAUUGAUAACAACGGUAUUUUCCGGCAGCGUUCUCCCGAAUUCAUGCUUAAUGAAACACCACGAAUCCAGGUACGGCCGCUUGAAACGAGUAACUUGUGUCAGGUCGGGCAGACAGUGCCAGUGGCGUGCUCAGUCCAGGACCCCUACAUCGUGGAGUUUGACGUUGCAACCAGUUUCGACCAAGGACCUUCAAUCCAAUACCAGCAUAUGAUCACAAACUGCAGCGAAACAGAUUUUAGGGUGAAUUGUCAGGUGAUUAACUUCACUGAGUUUUCACGAGAGAUCAGACUGAGGUUUCUCACAAACGUUUCAUUCACGUGUGUUAAUGAUCCGAUAUUUGGAAAUGGACUUUUAAAUGACACGGGAAGAGCUGUUUGUCAAGACGAAGGCGAUGUUGGACAGAUGACAGCAAUAUGCAGGGAAAGUGGAGAGUGGGAAGAUGAAGAAGACAACUGCACCAACCAGAGGAUUGCGGAGUUACUCCUUCAGUCAUCGCAAUUGACUGUAAGUGGUUUGGAAGAUUUCCUGGAUGGACUCAACAGCACCGUUGUGGACCUCGCUCUGGAGGUUGCCGAGUCUCCUAACGACAUUGAGGCUAUUGUUAGGAUUCUCAACAAUGUUGGAAUCUUUGUAACAACAACAGUAUCAAAUAUAACAACAUCCCUUAUUGUCCUUAAUCCAUCUUCUAUUGAGGAUAUCCUAUCAACUACAGGUGUCCUCACCAUAGAGCAGGCUCAGGAAUCAUGGGACUUUCUUAACGCUCGAGCUGUCACUGAGGUCCUGGGAACAAGAAUUAUCACACCCAGAAACGAAAGUAUUAGUUCCUUAUUAUUGUUCUCCCUGGAGUCAGUAACAAGUCGGUUUAUUAAUGACACUUUGAACAUCGAGACACCUUUGGUUCUCCUGAACAAAACAACGUUCGCCAGCAAUUUCGGUGGGGAUUUUAACUCCACAGUGGAGAUAGACGUAUCAGACACUGGAGCAAUCACGACUCUAACUGUGCUGACCUUUGAGUCCAUGGAUAAUGUACUUCCCCCAAGAGAUGAGGACAACUCCACAGGCAGGGCGAUUAACGGGAGAGUGGUCCUCGUGCAGUCUGAUACCACAGUUAACAACAUCACGUUCGUCUUUGACAUUAUUAACCAGAUGCUACGGAGGCCUCAGUGUGUGUUCUGGAACUUUACCCUCUUCGAAGGUCUUGGAGGAUGGGAUGAUGAAGGAUGCACGUUGAUUGCAAUGGAUAGUGAAACCGUCACAUGUCGCUGUGACCAUGUGACCUCCUUCUCGAUGCUUAUGUCACCCUUUGUUCCAGCGUUUCCUGCCUUGGCCUUCAUAACCUACAUUGGCGUCGCUGUUUCCUUGGCAUCUUUAGUCAUAUGCCUUAUUAUAGAAGCAGUCGUAUGGAAAAAAAUGAAAAGGAAUGAAAUUGCUUACUUGCGCCAUAUUUCUAUUGUUAACAUUGCAUUGUCUCUCUUGAUUGCAAACAUUUGGUUCAUCAUCGGUGCCACUAUCGCUAGUCAACGACGAAGAAAUUUAGAUGCAUGCGUUGCUGCUACCUUUUUCAUCCAUUUUUUCUACCUAGCCCUUUUUUUCUGGAUGCUAGCAUCUGCCCUGUUGCUGUUGUACCACGCGGUCAACGUCUUUGGCACACUAACUAAACAGAAACGGUUGGCCAUUGGAUUUUGUCUUGGCUAUGGGGGCCCUCUGAUUAUUGCAUCCAUUACGAUAGCUGUAACUGCACCAACCAAUACUUACAUCCAAAUAACCGGGGCCUGCUGGCUCAACUGGACCCAGUCCAGAGCUCUGCUGGCAUUUGCCGUUCCGGCACUGCUUAUAGUGUUUAUAAACAUUGUGAUCCUACUUGUUGUGGCUACAAAACUCAUUCAGAGUCACAUUUCGACAAACGAUGUAUCGGAAGAUACAAGGCAAAGUUUGAAGGUCAUCAUUCGGAGCUUGACUGUCCUCACACCCUUUUUUGGAAUAACCUGGAGUCUUGGAGUAGGAACCCUCAUAGACCCAAGAAACAUUGGAAUCCACGUCACCUUUGCACUGUUCAAUUCCCUGCAGGGCUUCUUCAUUUUAGUUUUUGGAACCCUGUUGGACAGAAAGGUGCGCGACGCCAUCACAGAAAUAACUAGAUUUGGAACAACGAGCAACGAUACCCGACGCGGUAGGAAGAUCAAUUCACAGGGACAAAAAGUCGAUACCGAGACAACACAACCCACGGAUUUGACAAAUAGCACAACUGGGAUUCAUAGUAACUUUCUGUCAACGACCAACGCUGAGGCCAGCAGUAUGGUACCAUCAAGAGAACCUUCUGAAGGCAGCAAUACAUGACAAGCGCCACAGAGAUGCCUGGACGUGCGGGCCAAGCCACAAACUUAUUACUGCUGCGAUUUUCUCCGCCAUUUUGUUUCACUUGGAACAGUAGUCGUACUUAUCACAAAUGUGUGUAUUCAAACUUGGAACGGUAGUAGUACUGUUCCCAAAUGUGUGUGUUAAAGUACUCUGUAGCUCAAGGGGGGAUUUGAAGUAGUCAAUGCUUGCAAUUAUGCUGCAAAUGCACAGAUAUUCAAACAUCACAUUUAUGAAUGUUGUGUACAUGAUGUUAUAAGUAUAUGUAUAUACAUACACUUACUCUUGUGUAAUUAUCUCUGCACUUAUGUGUUAUUUAAAGGCCUACUGAAAUGAAUUUUUUUAAUUUAAACGGGGAUAGCAGAUCCAUUCUAUGUGUCAUACUUGAUCAUUUCGCGAUAUUGCCAUAUUUUUGCUUUUGCAAUGCAGCGAGAGUGAUUCGGACCGAGAAAGCGACGAUUACCCCAUUAAUUUGAACGAGGAUGAAAGAUUUGUGGAUGAGGAUAGUGAGAGUGAAGGACUACAGUGCAGUGCAGGACGUAUCUUUUUUCGCUCUGACCGUAACUUAGAUACAAGGGUUCAUUGGAUUCCACACUUUCUCCUUUUUCUAUUGUGGAUCACGGAUUGUAUUUUAAACCACCUCGGAUACUAUAUCCUCUUGAAAAUGAGAGUCGAGAACGCGAAAUGGACAUUCACAGUGACUUUUAUCUCCAAGACAAUACAUCGGCGAAGCUCUUUAGCUACUGAGCUAACGUGAUAGCAUCGGGCUCAAAUGCAGAUAGAAACAAAAUAAAUAAAUCCCUGACUGGAAGGAUAGACAGAAGAUCAACAAUACUAUUAAACCAUGGACCUGUAAAUACACUGUUAAUAAUUCCCAGCUUGGCGAAGCUUAACAAUGCUGUUGCUAACGAUGCCAUUGAAGCUAACUUAGCAACUGGACCUCACAGAGCUAUGAUAAAAACAUUAGCGCUCCACCUACGGCAGCCAGCCCUCAUCUGCUCAUCAACACCCGUGCUCACCUGCGUUCCAGCGAUCGACUGAAGGACGAAGGACUUCACCCGAUCAUCCGUGCGGUUGGCGGCUAGCGUGGGCUAGCGCGUCUGCUAUCCAAGUCAAAGUCCUCCUGGUUGUGUUGCUACAGCCAGCCGCUAAUACACCGAUCCCACCUACAACUUUCUUCUUUGCAGUCUUCAUUGUUCAUUAAACAAAUUGCAAAAGAUUCACCAACACAGAUGUCCAGAAUACUGUGGAAUUUUGAGAUGAAAACAGAGCUUUUUUGUAUUGGAUUUAAUGGGAUACCAAUACUUCCGUUUAACUAGUGACGUCACGCGCAUACAUCAUCAUAUAUAGACGUUUUCAACCGGAAGUUUAGCGGGAAAUUUAAAAUUGCACUUUAUAAGUUAACCCGGCCGUAUUGGCAUGUGUUGCAAUGUUAAGAUUUCAUCAUUGAUAUAUAAAUUAUCAGACUGCGUGGUCGGUAGUAGUGGGUUUCAGUAGGCUUUUAAAGUGUUGAUACUUUGCACCAGAUCUCCAUGAUCAGACCAAUCAAGCACUUUAUGUUCAUGUUAUUAAUUUCUCACGCGUGUCUUUACAGUAACACAGGUAAUACAAUGCAUUUUACAAUAUAACUAUAAUAUUUUGUAUAUACACUGCAUAUAUCAUUAAUAUACAGUAUAUUUGAAUUAUUAAAUUGUUACGUGUGUCUUUACAGUAGCAUAAUGUAACUAUAAUAUUUUGUGUGUAAACUGUAUAUAUCAUUAAUACACAAUGUAAUAUAAUUACACAUGCAGUUAAUGUGCAUAACACUUG